GGGAAAUAAAAAGAGCACGAAAAUUGUUUGCUUUGUUUCUUUGGGGAAAAAUCGGGCAUGGCUGAGACUGAGAGCCAAGCAAAACGACAUGAGGGAAAGCAAUACGACAAUUCAGAAGGGGAGGAGGAGGAAGAAGAAGAAGAAGAAGAAGUGGACGAGUUAGAGGAUGAAGAGGAAGAGGAAGAGGAAGGAGUGAGUAGAGUUAAUGAGUCGCACGGGGCUGGAACGGCGCCGUCGAGUGAUGCUGAGGUGAGAGCCUCGAAAUUGGAAACCCUAACAAAUGAUGAUCGUUGUGAGAGGUUGCGGGAAAAUCCUACUUCGGAAUUGAAGGAAGGAGCUGAAUCUAAGGAGCAAGUUAAGAUAGCCCACCAGAAAGUUUUGCCUAGUUUGGCUGUCCAGCGUGCAGAAGCUCCAAAACAACAUCUGCUCCAGUCAUCUGUUUCUCCAACUUCUUCAUCACAACCAUCACCAACUUCUAUUACACAAGAUAUUUCAUCUCCUCCCACUCCAACUCUACCAGCACAAAGUCAUUUAGAUCAGAAGGUUAAUGGCGCAUCUCCUCCUGUAGCAAACCAGCAAAACCCUUCUAAUCUUAAAAUGCUAUCCUUUGUUCCCGUUGUGAAGACACCUGUGUCUGAUGGUUACAAUUGGCGGAAAUAUGGUCAGAAGCAAGUGAAGAGUCCUAAAGGUUCUCGAAGCUAUUACAAAUGCACAUUCUCCAAUUGUCAGGUCAAAAAGAUAGAAUGCUCUGAUCAGACGGGCCAUGUAAUUGAGAUUGUUAAUAAAGGCAUACAUAGUCAUGAACCACCACGGAAAAUGAAUUUUACAAGGGAAAACAAUAUUUUAUCAUCUGCUGUGCCUCUUUCAAUUGUCAGAGAACAGCCUAGCAGAAUACCUAAUGAUUCUGAUCCUUCUACAUCUUCUAAAGAAUCUUUACCAGAACCAACUGUACAUACUGAAAGAAAACGACAGUGUUCAAGUGGCUCUGAUGGGCACGGUGAUGUGCAAAUGAAGAAAGAGUUUUUGAGUGAAGCAGAACCAAAUAAAAGGAGGAAGAAAGGUGAUGCAGUUUGUGCUGGUUCUGUUGUAAAAGCUGGGAAAAAACCUAAAUUUGUUGUGCAUGCAGCUGGUGAUGUAGGAAUCUCUGGCGAUGGAUAUAGAUGGCGAAAAUAUGGACAGAAAAUGGUGAAAGGAAAUUCUAAUCCCAGGAACUACUAUAGAUGCACUUCUGCUGGGUGUCCUGUUCGUAAGCAUAUUGAGACAGCUGUAGAUAAUACAAAUGCUGUCGUUAUAACAUAUAAAGGUGUUCAUGACCAUGACAUGCCUGUACCAAAGAAGCGGCAUGGCCCUUCAAGUGCUCCUCUCGUUGCUGCUGCUGCUCCUGCUUCUAUGAACAAUUUACAACUUGCAAUAGCUGAUGGAGAGCAAAAGCAAGUUACAUCAACAAAGUGGUCAGUGGGUACAGAAGGUGAAUUGACCGGUGAGGCUGUAGACCUUGGAGGUGAGAAGGCAAUGGAAUCAGCUAGAACGCUACUGAGUAUCGGAUUUGAAAUCAAGCCAUGCUGAACUUAUUGGGCCUUUUUCUGUUGUCAACAUCAGGCAUGUCUCUAUAUAAACUAUUGAAAUGAUAAUUCAUCAGGUUUGAUUUUCCUACGCUUAGUUUUUCCUUUGUUAUUUCUGGUGAGGCUGUAUAUUUUCUGUUGUAUUCUCUCUCUCAAUCUGUUUGGAACAAGGUUAUAAUAGUGGAAACAAUAUAGAUUUGGUUGGCAA